AUGGCAGGAAUAGAAGAUUUCACACAAGGAUGCCCACCGCAUUUCGAUAAUAACAAUGGAAACGCGGGGGAACAUCUCUAUGACAAAGGGAUCGUAUCACACAACGCCUUCGUUCUAUCGGAAGACUUCGGCGAUAAAGGCGAUGUCACAUAUUACAAUGUGAGACAAUCGGGAGCCAAUUCAACCCUUAUGGAAAAUGCAGAAUCAUACGCAGACGAUUCUGCUCAAGCUCCGAAUGUACCUGAUGGUGAGGAUAGCUCUAUACGUGAACAAAUUCCGGGAUCCAUUCUUUACGACUUCUCUCCAGAGUACUGCAGUAGCCAGCCAAAUGAACUUGAAGGAUACGAUAUGAGAUGCGCCGAUAAUUACAACGCAGCCAUUAGUGCCAACGAUACCCCUGUCGCAAUGCCCAGAUCAAUUUCUGGAGGAAUGACAGGAGGAAUGGUCAUGACGCCAACAGCAGGAAUGUCGAAUGCAGAAGAUAAUAUGGAUACUAUCAAUGGAAAUUACUGGUAUGGAUGCCAAAUACCUCAGACCCCCUACUCACCAGGACCUUGCAGCCCUACCGCACACCCAAGGAAUAUGCCGCAAUAUGGCGGAUACCGAUAUGGACCGUCAUCUCCAUAUUACCACCUUGGCGGUACACUAUAUGGAACGUAUUCCGUAGACCGAAAUAUGCCAUACUCUGUAGGUUAUAAUAUGUCGAGUGAAUCUGUUUAUCACGGUAAACAACAUUACUUACCAUACGCUCCGCGUCGUAGUGUAAGCUCGAGUUUCAUACAAGGGACAGUCAAACCAUCACAUAUGCCUUGCUACCAUUUACCAUCUGACCAAAUGGGAUACAAAAACUGGUACAGCAACAUGCCGAAUCUAGAGAACGGUGGGAUGCAACCGGCAUCCAUGUUGCAUCCUCAACAACAUGAUCCACGCGCAUCACAUAGGGCCCAGAGAUUCAAUUCAGAGAUCCUUUAUAGUGAACUCACGUCCAGGUUACAAAGAGAAAUGACCAACAAGAGACAUGUGUCCUCAGGACGUCCUAAAAUGAACAGACAUAAUUAUGUCUGCGCCAUGUGCAAUGCAAAAUCAACUCCACAGUGGCGAUAUAUCAAAGGCACAUCCGUGUGCAACGCCUGUUACAUGAGAAUACGAAAACAAAAGCAGAAGCAACAACAACAGCAGGAUGAAGAAAUCGCCCGAUCCGACUGCGCCAGUGCAGAAACAGAGGUACCGGAUGACGGACGCACAGAUGAAGCUACAUCUCCAGACAAAUCCAGUGGAAGUGUAUCAUAA